UUUACACACACACCGGCUUGCUCCCAGUCUCUCCCAGCCAGUCACCGCCAGUGCGCCCGGUCGGCCAGAUCGGAGGUAAACAGACACGUCCGGAGCAACGAGACCGGAGGCAACCUACUGCAGUCGCUGUUCCCGGGGCUCAGUUAAAAUAAGGACGCCGGAGGAGGAUGGGACAAAGCCGGUGUUUGGAUCAAGACUGAGAGUGGUCGGCAGUGAGAGCUCGAUUCCAAGUCCUUCAUAGAGUCACCGCGUCCCCCCCCCCCUGCUGACACAAUGGGCUGCUGCAGCGGACGAUGCACUCUCAUUUUUAUUUGCACUUUACAACUGGUGUUGGCCUUGGAGAGGCAGGUGUUUGACUUCCUUGGCUACCAAUGGGCCCCCAUUCUUGCAAACUUUUUCCAUAUCAUCAUCGUAAUCUUGGGUCUCUUUGGAACCAUCCAGUAUCGGCCACGGUACAUUGUAGUGUACGCAGUCUGGGCCGCCCUUUGGGUAGCCUGGAACGUCUUCGUCAUCUGUUUUUAUCUGGAUGUUGGAGGCCUGUCAAAGGAAAGCAAUCUGCUGACAUUUAACAUAUCAGCUCAUCACUCCUGGUGGAGCGAGCACGGCCCCGGCUGUGUGAGGAGAGAGAUGCCACAGGCCCCCGGAGUCCGCACCACAGAGAGCCACUCCUACAUCACUGUCAUGGGCUGCUUCAUGGACUACCAGUACAUCGAGGUCAUGCAUAGCAGCGUGCAGAUUCUUGUUGCUCUCCUGGGCUUCGUGUACGCCUGCUAUGUUGUCAGUGCCAUCACUGAGGAGGAGGACAGUUUUGAUUUUAUUGGUGGAUUUGAUCCAUUCCCACUCUACCAUGUCAAUGAAAAAUCAUCCCAUCUCCUCUUAAAGCCUAUGCACCCGUCUACGUAAAUAGGGAAGGCAUCCAGCAAAGGGAGGUGAUGCAGCAAAUUCCCAUGGAGCCAAAAUGGCUGAUUUCACACACGCGCCCCACAUCUACUCCGAGCACCAGACGUCUCCUUUUGGCUUUCAGUACUUUAACCUAUCAUUUACUGGUGUGUGUGGCCCUGAAAAGCCAGCUUCACAAUAAGAGUCCAUUGUUACAGGAUUUGGAAAUUAACAUUGGUGAUAUUUGUGUUUGGAAGUAUCAUUUCUUUUCGUGAGCUUUUCACCAUGAGCUAACUCUACUGUAUAGAACCUGUUUCAGCAGUAAAAAAAACAUUACAUAGGUGAUGAUGGAGCAUCCAGCAUUCCCAGUCUGUAGCUGUGUGUCAUAGAGGAGGCUGAUUUAGUAUAUUACUGCUGGUUUGGCUCAGAUCUUGACCAUAGGGCUGAAUUAAGGUGGAGUCUGCAGAAUGAACCAUUGUGCUGCCGCCUGUUUACUUUGGGAUCUGAAUGCAUAAAUACAGAAGCAAAGCAGGAAGAGCCAAGGGAGCGGGGAGAAGUAAAGGCUGGGGGAGACAACAAAAGCACCGGUAGAGCAGACGCAUCUGCCAAAAAUAGAAAAUGUAAAUAAGGAAAUUCAUAGUUUCAAAGGACUGGAAAAGAGCGUCAGCCUUGCAAAGAGGUGCUCAAACAAAAUGAACAGCAUGCAAGUGUUACUUUUGUGUCUGAAGCAUUUUACUAGAACUGUUUUUUUUCCGAGUCAGUAUUUCUGAAGUGUCAGGUGUUGUGUUUGCCAACGAGCUGAAAGCUUUUUGUUCUGACUUCCACUCCUUUACUCUAACAGCAGACAGAUCUGGGAAGGGCGAUCAUUACAAACACUUCUGCAAAAGUCGCAAGGCAUAUUUUUAACUUGAAGCAAACAAUAGAGAUUGUUCUACCUUUUCAUAUUGCACACAAUGGGAGUCUGAGCUGUUUGGGUACGGACGCUACGUGUGGCUGGAUUACAUCUCUACCCGAAUAGAACGGAGCUUCAUCCCCUGUCAGUCCAACGCGUAUAUUCUUUAUGUACAUGGUGAUAGCCUGAGCUGUGAUCAAGUUGUUGCAUUUAUCAAAGUUUGAAUUGUUACAGUGGUAAUUAUGAUUGAAAGUGGUGAACCAGUAACUAAAACCCUUCCGCUCACUCGUGUCUUUUAUUCUGAAACAGCUUGAUUUUAACUUUUUACUGACAAUAGUGAGCACAUAUGAUUCAUAUCGCCUAUACUGACUUCAGCACUUUUUGAACAUAUUACAGCAUAUCCAUCAGGUUAUUCACCCAGUCCUGUAUAGUCAGAGCUUCUGUUGCCUUACUGUUAUGUGAAUCACUACUGCCCUCUGGUGUUCAAACGGGUCAUGUGCAAAGUGUACAGUUUCAAAUCUCCAGAAAUCUUCUGUUCAGAUAACAGGAAAUAGGGGAAUUUAGAUGGAGAAGAGCUUAAAGGGUGUGUUGUCCCAAUCAAUAUACAUUCCAUUCCACAUGACUCAGGUUGGAUACCGGCUACACUUAUUUUAUUUGUUUAGUUUUACUAUGUGUUAACUGAAAAUUACAGUGCUUUGCACCUCUUAAACUUUUUCAAAUCUUGUCACAUUGCAACCAUAUGAUUUUAUGGAUAUUUUGGUAUUUAAUGUAAUAAACCAACGCAAACUAGUACAUCAAUUUAAAACAUGUUCUAAAUAAAAAUGUAUAAAGCGUGGUUUACAUUUAUAUUCUGACCCCCCCUGAGUCAUUAGAACCACCCGUUGCACCAUAAUCAGCUGCAUGUCUUUUGUGGUACGUCUCUACCAGUUUUGCACUUCUGGAGACUUGGAGCAUCCGUUUCCAAGUUGUACCACACAUUUUCAUGUAGAGGUAUGAGGUAUGGAUUUUCCCCUUGGUCAUUGUAAGUCAUGAAUAUAUUUCAAUCUAAACAAUUUCAUCAUUGCUGAAAUGUCUAAAGUCUCUUAUUACAUCCAUGGUCUGGUUUUAUCCCAGGAUUGCCCUGCAUUUAGCUCCAUUCCAUUUUAACUCUAACCAGCUUCCCUGACCCUGCUGAACAGAAGCAUCCCCUAGAGCACGAUAUCCGUACCAUUGUGUUUCAUGGUAGCGGUGGGUUACUCAGGGUGAGGUGUGGUGAUAGUUUUCCACCACCCCUGGUUAGUGACAGAUUCUCCCACCUGAGCCACAGCUCCUCCAGACUCACCGUGGCCCUCUACACUGCUUUUCUUGUUAAUGCACCAUUAUCCUGGCCCUUUUAAUUUAGGCAGGCUGCCAAAUUUUGUUAGGCUUGCAGUUGUACUUGCAUACUCGUUCAAUUCAAUUACACACAUGUGGAACUCUUACUUAAUUGGGUUGGCACUGAAAACAGUUGCUUCUAUAGGAUUUUAUUUAGGGGCAUCAGAGUAAGAGAGCUGAAUACAAAUGCAAGCCACUCUUUUGAGAUUUUAAUUUGUAAAAAAAAAAAAAAAACAUUUUGUAUUUUUUUUUUUAUCAUGUUCCUCUCCAAAGUUAUUAACAACUUUGUCUAUCCCAUAACGCUGCAAACGAUGCUUGUGGCUGUAAUGUGGAAAGGUAUGACGAAGUUCAAAGAGUCUGAAUGAUUCUGCGAGGCACUGUACAAACAAAGAACUUGAGUGCUGUUCACUUCUGUGUUGCCGGCACUAACCUUAACCGAGCGCCCGAUUCCUCCGUGAUAUUAAGAGUUCUUCACUGCCAGACAAGCAGAAUGUAAACUGUUUGGACGCAGAAAAACGCGGGAACACUUCUGCUCGCUGGUUUCUGUCCGAUGAGAGUACGCUGUUUGGUUUUGCAAUAAUUCAAAGCUCCUUCCUGCGAAUUAAGCUGCACUCAUUGUUAGCUCACUGGAUGAGAAAAACAAAGCAUCUGAUAUUGUUGUGACCUAAUCGGUCUCAGUAGUAAAGGCCCUCCUAAAAUGUCAAAACUGGUCUUCCUCUCGGUGCAAUACAGGCUUUCCCAAAGUCCUGGUUGUAGUUUUGGUUCUGUUUGUGCUGGUCCAAACUGAAAACGCUUCCACCUCUUUGUAGAUAUUUCUUUCUUCUUUGUAUUAAAAGGGGAAAAGAAUAUGUUCUCCUGUUUUCUGUCUUGUGUUACUCCAACCCCGUGUGACCUGAUUGUGUAAUCCUGUUUAUCCAAAACUGUGCUUUGUGUUCAUGUAAAUAUAGUGUUUGUUAAUUAAAAACAAAAUUUGCUCUUUUAAAA